GAGAUUUAGCACGGUCUUAGCGUAUUAUUACUCGUAAAUGUGCGGUUUCUUUGUUUUACUAAGCGAUUCUCAAACUACUGAUACACUGUAUGGCGGUAACGAGGCUAAGCUGGAAGCGGUUUCUUCGUCCAGUUUGAUGAAAACGAGGUCGGGAUCAGACAAACGUUACCGUUAGCCCCUCCUGGUCGAUUUUUUUUUCUUUUCUUUUAGCUAAAGACAACAAAACAGAGUAGAUAACGAUGUCGCUGAUUGCGUCUUCUGAUUAUUUCGCUGCCGAGUGUCUGGUAUCGAUAUCUAGCGGUCCUGUUCUUCACAGACCCACCCCGGUCGUCCCCGCCAACCAGCCUGCCACGAUGGGCCUGCUCCCCGGGGAGCCCGAAGGGUCGAGUGAGGACAGGGAAGUGCGAGAGACGCUGAGGCUGGAGGGAGCUAACGUGGUUGCCGUGGCCGGUAUCCUCACUGACCUGCACGGCAAGUUUCGCCCCAUGUCGGCCUAUUCGGAGAACAGCAACUCCUCAUGCGGCGGGGAGAGCGGUUACACCACGUUGUCCGACCCGACCACCCCAACCAUGACCCCCACCGCCACCCCGGUCCCUGGACAGCAGCAGCUCAGUGGGGGGAUUGGAGGAGGAGCAGGGUUGAAGAAACACCGGUGCACUUUUGAGGGAUGCGACAGAGUUUAUGGGAAAUCUUCCCACCUGAAGGCACACAUCCGGACACACACAGGGGAGAGGCCCUUCCCGUGCGCCUGGCCUAACUGUGCGAAGAAGUUUGCCCGCUCUGAUGAGCUUGCACGCCACACUCGCACGCACACGGGGGAAAAACGCUUCCAGUGCCCACUGUGCAAUAAGCGCUUCAUGCGGAGUGACCACCUGAUCAAGCACGCCCGCCGUCAUCCCGACUUCAAGCCAUCUAUGUUGGGGCGCAAUAGAGGCUCGCCCUCUGCUUCUAAACCAGCCGUGCACAAUUAGGAUGGCGUCGGUUGCUGUGCACUGGCAUUGACAGGAGCACAAGACGGUCACGUUGGUUUCAAGGAAACCGACUACAAUCACAUCCACUAGUUAGGAUUUAGCAAUGCUGUGUUGCACAAAAAAACAAAUGUGCAUGUACACACAAACAUACACACACAGAGCUGGAUGUAGCGGGGGGGGCAUUAGCCUCGUCUCUCUAUCCAUACAGUUGAAUCACGUGAACACUGUCCACCUACGCGACACAACCGGGGUUGGGUUGGAAAUUUGUUAACUGAGGACUUGUUAAGAAAUGAGCUUUUUGAUUCCGCUUGCCGUUUCCUGAAAGCAAGACUUUGGACCUACUGUGCUUCCAUUUACAUCACCAGUUACAUGUGCGCAUGUGUGUGUUGUGUUUACAGUAUGGCAGGCUAAACUAAGCUGCACAAAACACAAUAAUGAUAGGGUGAAAUGUAAUCACUGCAGUUAAGGACAGUUGGUAGCAUGAAGAUAGACUUACUGCAGGAUGAUAUAAGAAUGUAGUUUUUAAUCAGUAGCGGUGAUAUUAGACCACAAAGCAGUUUUACGGAUGCUGUAUAAAGAUGAUCAAUUGUGUUUCUGUCUAAUUCGGUAAAUUUAAUAUACAAAAGUCCAAGGAUGCAUUGGAGAAAUCCUAAGCAAUGAUUUACAAUAUGGCCUGAUAAAACAAAAAUGAUUAGGUUUUAAUUGCCAUAGAAAAACACACAGCUAGCACAAAAGAUAUUUCCGUUGUUCUUCGUUUAAACCAAAAACAAAUCAAGAAUACCUCAUUGUGGAAAACCACCUAACAGCAGCGUACGUUUACCGCAGUAAACUUUUUUUUUUCAUCCUUUCGUCAUAUUUUGAUUUCAGGAUUCGGUAAGAGCAGGAAUCACGAAGCAGGUCUGAGUCGAUUAAAAUCAAACCCAACCCUGAACAGAACGUCGUCGUCGUCGUUUCAAACUGAAACAGUUUCACAGAUUGCAGGGAUUUUUUUUUUUUCAUAUUUUUUUGUACAAAUCUGCACAUUCAUCAUCAGCAGCAGCCAAAUACUCCUCUCUGGUUUCUUGUGGUUAAUUUCUGCUUUGUUGUUGUGCUUUUCAGUAACCUUUAUUUACCACGAGUAGCACAAUAUUGUGAUAGUAGAUACCAAGGCGAUGGCUAGACGCCUUUUAAAGUUUUUUUUUUUUUUUUAGUUUUUAUUUGUUGCAGCUUUGCUGAUAUUAAGUUUUAGUGAUGACACAUUCCUUCAUGUUCUUUUUGCUUUUUUGGUAACCAUCUCCAUUGAAUAUUUCUUAACGUAUAUCCAAUUCAACUGUAGAUCAAAUAUUCAUUUUACCCUGAAGUGGAUCAAAUUUUAAGAGUUGUUUGCACGUCAUCAUUAAGGCUCCACCAGUUAUCAUCAAUGAAUGCUGAUACAUAAUACACGGCAGUAUUAUGUCUAAACCUGAUGCAAAUGUAUAUAAGCUUUAAGCUUUUAAUGUAGAAAAAUGGUAAUGCUACUAGCAGGAGAAAUAAUACACGUGUUGAAUUGUAGUCCUUAUAUUAGGGGUAACAUAUGUACGCUUGAUAGAAUGGCAUUGCCUGUGAGUGUUGGUGUGUGUGGUUUUGUUUUUUAAUUUACUUUUUUUUUUGUGUGUGUAGUGACAGAAAUGAGAAAUGUUUGUAUGCAAU